GCUAGCAGCUCGCAGCUGUUUUGUUUGCGAACGUGUUGAUUGACAAAACGCGAUAGAAAAAAAACGUUAAUGUGCGCGAAGUGGUGAAAUCAUCGAAAUUCGUGCAACCGAAAUCAACCGCGUUUACAUGUCCCACGCGGUGCCGUGUGACCAGAUUCCGUGCGUUUUCCAGACGCGCGCGUCCCACAGCGAUGUGAGUUUAAGUUGAGUGUGAUGAUUACGAACAAUACGACGUACAAGCUCAAGGCGGGCCAAGGAAGCAAGACCUCGCCGUCGUCGACCGCCGACGGCGACGGGGACGAGAGUCCCGACACCGACAACAAUCAUAAAUUCCUCUACGUACCAGGAGUUCACCCAAAAGUGCGUGUUGCCAAACAAUCCCCGGCGAAUUUCUACAUUAGCAAAGGCGCUACCAGCCGCAAUGAUCGCGACAGGCGCAAUAACUUCAAUCGUCGAGGAGGUCAGGACAAACAUUUUCCUAGGGACCGAGAUCUACGAGGCGGGAAAGACCGCAACGAACGCGAACGAGACUACUUUGAUUCGCUUUCCUUAUUCCAAUACGGCAAGUAUGCUACGCCGAGCGCCAACCUCGCUGACGCGGAUAAGAAGGCGGAAAAAGAGAUAAAAUUCAAUUUGCCUGAAGACACGCGAAUUUCGAAACUUUUACGUCGAUUGAGCAUUGAGGAAGACCCAGAGAACUCGUUACAAAUCAGCAGGAAGCUGCUGGAAGUCCUGAUGCUGCCGGAAAAUGCCACCUACGUGCGAAAAUCAUUCGCUAUUCUUCGUGAUAGCAUGCUGCACAUUCUACAAGUUGCUCCAGGCCCACAAGCAAAGAAACAAUGUGCCCGCGCUUUCGGGCGCAUCGGGUACAUUAUGGCCGGCGAUACCUUUGAUUUCACAAAGUACAUCAAAGUCAUUAUGAAAUUCAACACAAACUCCGCUCAGAACGGCAGAGAGGAAACGAUCUGCCUCUUCAUGGAAGCCCUAAAGGAGACUUUAAACAUUGAGCGCGAGAACUCAAUCAUAGACAAACAAAAAUGUCUACUAAUGCAGGAGUUGAACGCAAGUAUAGAGCCGACGGAAAACGUCGAGGUUUUCAAACUGAUUCUGGACAAUCUCAUGACAAGUAUCGAGUUUUUCCCCAGCAACUUUAAUAAAUACUUCAAGGACACCAUUGAUUUACUAUUUGGCUGGCAUGUGGAUCACACACAGCCACUUUGCAACAUACAAUUCAUUUCCAAGCAGCUUGAACGAGUUUCCGGGCAUUUUCAAAACAAUUUAGACUUUUCAAUUACUCUACUGGUUCAUUUUAUCGAAGAUAUAGAGACAUAUUCAGAUUUCGAGACAGAAAGUGUCGAACAUGUCACUGUUUUUGUUCUAGCAUUGAAUACAGUCUUGAAAUGUCUUCAGGGUUCGACACAAGUGCUAUCACACGCCAGGUUUACAAAAAUGAUUGCUGACGCAAUGAAACAAAUUCUUUCAACGAUUAGCCAAUCGGUCAUCAUCAAAGUAUGCGAUAAUUUGAUCAUCGCCGCCAAUGAGAGUAUUGCUUUACUAUUGAGCUUUUAUAAUUCCAUUCAUCAAAAUACCGAAUUAAAUGAAACCACAGAAACAUCCGAACCAUUAACUUUAACAGCCAUACAAGAAAUUGUAUUCUCUUUGAUUGAUCUUGAGUUGGAUCUUGUUGAGUCCUACACCAACAGCUCAAUAAUUUCUAUGUUGGUGUUGAUAUCCAGAGUUAUUAAGGAGUUGUCAGCAGAUCUUGACAUUGAAUUGAUUCCGAAGUUUGUUGGACCUGCGUCACCAUUAGUAAAAUUGAGAUUUUUACCCUUUCGGAACAUACAGGACGCUUUGAUUGCAGUUUAUCAAGCCUUGUUGAAUCUUAAAAAUAUACCGCUUCUUCAGGAGGUAUAUCGAUUUCUGCUGGGCGAUUUACAACUAUCCUACAAACCUUUCAUCGACGAAGAGUUUACCAUCAUCGAAAAUAAUCCAUUUGAAGAUAAUACAGAGGAAACUGAAGGACAAGCACAGUUUAACUGUUUAUUCCUUUUGAGAUGUCUCUCACAAUUGGCGAAUGACAGUGGAUCUAUUGUGGGUAUGUGGAUAUUGAAACCUAGUGUCCUAGAAUUACUCGGAGUCUCCAUGCAGCCGUAUAAUCAAAAAGUUGCGCAGUUUCCUGUUUUGCAAAUGUCUAUUUUGAAUUUACUAUAUUCACACUGCAAAUGCUACAAUUAUUUUAUCUCAAAGAGUACGCUAAUCAAUCCACCAACGGAAUUCCCCGGUUGGUCUCCCACAUCAAAUAAUUUUACGAUUAUUUUGAAUGUUUUGCAUUCGACGUUGAAGAAAAGUGAUAAUAACGAAGUGAAAUUGCUGUUGUUUCAAAGUUUUGAUGAGAUUCUUACGAUCGGUGAGUCUUAUAUGGAAAUAUUGUGCACCAGAUUGGAGUUUAUGCAGUUGAUGGAAGUAUUAUUGGAACAUGCAAGUAAUAAAGAUCAGCGAAUUGUGCAGAAAGUAGCGCAGAUUUUGGAGAAACUUUUGUCAAAUCGACAAAUGCCAUGGAAGAACGAUGUGUUGAUUGAGGUAAAUAAAUUGUGCAACUUACACAUGACUUCCACAAAUGACGCAGUACGAAAUUACUAUACUAAAUUAUCAGUGUGGAUACCGUGGGAUGUCGCCAUUUUGAACGUUGAGAAUGCAACGACUGUAAAUGAUAUAGGAAAGUACUCCUUGAAGAAUUUAGCUCUUGCAAAACGGAUGCAUCUAAGUGGCGCGGUUUUCGGUGAGAUGCCAGGACACAAUUUCAAACAGCUGAUGAAUUACCUUUUGAAAAACGAACCAGCUUCAGAGAAUUUCCUCGAGAAUAUGUUGGCGCAUUGCUGGCCACUGGAGAGCGACAGUGUGUUUUCCGAGCAGUAUCGUGACUUGGCGCUGAAUAAUCGCAUGGUUUUGUAUAGCUGGGCCACGUGGGAAGCCGCACAACUAUGUGUCAACAGUAAACUUCGAACACCACUUGGUAAACCCAAUGAAACAUUUACUAGUUUUGAGAAUGCUUUGAAACAAUUGGCGAGAGAUGUCAUGAAGAUCAAACACGAAGGUGGUAAACAGCAGGUGAGCGAUAGCAGAGUACGACUUUUACUUCAAUUUAUUGAACAUCUUGAGAUGGCAAUGUAUAACGCAGCUGAAGGUACAGCAGUUGCCAUUCCAUCACCGCAGAAACCAGUGCGUACUUUUUUCUGCACCAAUGCAAGCACUUGCAGGGAAUGGUUGUCUAGGAUUAGAAUUAUUCUUGUACAACUUGCACUUCACGCCGGGUUGAAUGUGGUUGCUGUUAGACAUGGCCAACAACUACUUGCAGAUCUACAAAAAGGUGGAAAAGUUGAGACAUUGGAAUUUGAACGCGCUGUUGUGUAUCUCACCAUGGCUUAUGUAAAUCUUCAAGAAAGCGAGGCAAUCAGUGGGUUGUACGUCUGGUGUAAAGGACAAGGAAGAAAAUUUGAUUGGAUCAAGUGCGCAGCGGAACAAGAACAAAAAUACGAAAUCGCAGCGAAUGGAUAUCAGAAAAUCAUUGAUAUAGGCGGAUCACAACUGGAUAUUUACGUGAGGAAUUUCAUAAAUGAUCAGAUUUUUGCCUGUUAUAAGCAGAUUAAUAGCUGGAUGGAUAUUGUGCAGUAUAGAAACGGUAGGAUGUAUGUAUUAAUGUCUGAGGGCGAGAAUGGUAUGAGAUAUUCAUUCAAUACGGUGAAUUUGGAGUGCGCGCAGAGUGUUUAUAACUUGGAGACACUUACACAUGCAUUUGACGAUUUAACAUCAUGGAAGGAGUUGGACUAUGCGAGAGAAUCUUGGAGUGUUUAUGAUGCGCUUCUUACUACGGAGAGUGAUCUUUAUCAAGUCGCAUUGAAUGUCGCCGCUGCGGAUAAUCAAAUUCUCAAUUCCACACUCGAGAAGGAUUUGGCUAAAAUUAGAAUGGCGAUGCAGGAGAAUGCAUUAUUUGCUCCUGUGCAAUUUCAACAAGAUUUUACUUUGAUGCAUUAUGUUGCUACAGGGUUACAGAAUGCUGUGAAUAAUGUGUCAUCAGCAAGUACAGCGUUUUUGGUUUCCGAAAAUUUCGAGCUGGACGUUGAGAAAGUCGAUUGUGCCGUGAUGGCUAAGAUUCUCUGGUGGACUGAAUAUUUUUGCCAUUUGCAAUUGCAACACCUAACAAAAUUCUGUAAUAAUCUGCGAUUGAAUAUUAUUAAAAAGUCUAGAAAAGAAGGAAAUAUGACUGGAGCAACAUCACAAUUAUAUCGUCUCCUGGAAAAUAACAGUUUACUACGUGUUGAAGAUCAGUCCUCUGGAUCAAACUUACUGAUAAAUAUGUCAGAGUCGUUUAAAUUGAAGAUUCCCGAGAUGAGAACAUGGGAUUUGGAUGGAGCUAAAGCAGCGCAGGAACUUGUCAAAUUGUUAUACGACGAAACACCGACUGAUCAGUGCAACCCGAAGAAAUUAGCGUUUGAUAUCUGCGCGAUUGCUUCAACUUCAUUGUUUAAGAGUGCUGAUAUGUGCUCCAAUCCGGAAUUGAAACAGGUUAGUUCCAAAAUUUUAUUAAAAUUAGGAGCAUGGUUGCAGACAAAUGAAAUGUCUCUUACGGAUUUGACUACACCGCUGGGUAAACUUCUCGUUGUUUUGCCCGAAAUUGGUAUUGAAAAUAUCGGUAAUAAUAUUAUACCUAUGAAUGAAAUGGUCAUUGGAAAGUUGCUUCAGUUUAGUGUCAAUCAAUGUCCGACUUUGGCAAAGGGUUGGCAUGCUUUUGGGACGUGGUGUUAUCGUUGGGGACGGAAAAUUGUUGAUAAUAGCGCGGAUUUAUCAAAUACUCUGACUUUGGAAGACAAAGGAAUGGUUCAGGGAUUAUUGCCUACCCAGAAUGAAAAUCAUGAUUUUGACAGGAUUUUGUUGAUUCUAUCACAAACUAGAGCUUAUGUUGAUGAGGAGGAUAUAGAUUCUAAUGAAAUACACACAUCGGAUAUGAUUCGCAAUCAAUUAAAGAAUGUUUCGUCAUUAUUCAACGCUUCUGAAGAGUUAAUUGAGAAAUUGGUGGAUGUGUGGAGGAAUCUGCAGAAGAGAGUCUACGCUUAUUACGAACAUAGUGUAGAGGCAUAUUUUAAAUAUUUACACUUGGCUACCCAGAGCGAGAAUGUGUCUAAAGCCACAGAAUCAAAUACUGUGACGGUGACUUUGAGAUUGUUACGAUUGGUUGUAAAACACGCCUUGGAGUUACAAAGCGUCUUGGAGAAGGGCCUCACCACUACACCAACUCACCCAUGGAAGAUUAUCAUCCCACAAUUGUUUUCCAGAUUGAAUCAUCCUGAGAGUUAUGUGCGUGAAAGGGUUUCUGAGUUGUUGUGUCGCGUUGCAGAGGAUGCUCCACAUCUGAUCACAUUCCCAGCUGUUGUGGGAGCACUUGAAGGAGGAGUCAAUUUUGACUUCUCUGAAAUAUCUCUUCCAAAAGAUUGUUUAUCGCAGGAUAAUGAUCCCUCUGAAGAUGCGGAGUUAAAUGACAUUGAAGAAGAUGCUUACGAGAGUGAUGAGGAGAGCAAAAAUGUUCUCCAGGAUUGUUUCAAGUCGAUGGUGGAAACUCUGAGUAAACAAGCGCCUGAAACUAUUACCCAGGUGCAGACCCUCGUUAAGGAGCUAAGAAGGAUUAUUUUAUUAUGGGAUGAACUGUGGUUGGGUACACUCGCACAACAUCAUAGCGAGAUCAACAAGAGGCAACAACAGUUGGAGUUUGAAAUUGAUAAGGUCAACCAAAAUAGUUACCUAUUCCCUGAACAGAAGAUUGCAUUGAUUACAGAGAAACACCGGAUUAUUAUCAAGCCGAUUAUUUUUAUUCUUGAACAAUUGUAUGAUAUUACCCGGGUGGAGCCGGAAACUCCACAUGAGAAGCAUUUCCAAGAGAAGUAUUUACCUCUGAUUCAAUCUGUGCUUCAAAAAUUGAAGAAUCCUGAAAACCCCGAUGAGCCACAGGAGUCUUGGAAACUCUUGAAGGAGUUACAAACUCAAUUCCAACAGAAGGCGCAUAAACGUUCAGUGCUUAAAAUGGAAAAUAUAAGUCCGAUUCUGGCGAAGAUUAAAGAUACAGUGAUUUCAAUGCCUGGUCAGGACAAUCCUCGAUUUAUGUCUACAAAAGUUUACAUUUCACAUGUGUCCAACCAAGUUUCUAUUUUGCCCACUAAGACCAAACCGAAAAAGUUGAUCUUCUACGGAUCGGAUGGUACCAGUUACACGUAUCUCUUCAAAGGGUUAGAAGAUUUACACUUGGAUGAAAGAAUUAUGCAGUUUUUGAGCAUUGCAAACACUAUGAUGGCGCAAAAUACAGAAGGUACCGGCCAUAAUCUUUACAGAGCACGCCAUUACUCCGUAAUACCCCUAGGACCCAGAUCAGGGUUGAUUAGCUGGGUAGGUGGGACAACACCUGUUUUUGCUCUAUAUAAAAGGUGGCAGCAGCGGGAAGCUAGCAAAGCAUCAAAAGUAACCAACACUGUUUCAAGACCAUCAGAGCUGUUUUACAGUAAAUUGAAUCCAUUAUUGCAAGAACACGGAGUUAAGAAUAUAGACAACCGGAAGGAAUGGCCGCUGGUUGCGUUGAAGCAAGUGUUAACCGAAUUAAUGGCGGAAACACCGAGUAAUCUCCUCGCGAAAGAGUUGUGGUGCCAUGCGGUGAGUCCAGGUGCCUGGUGGCAGAUUGUGCGUAAAUAUUCGUAUUCCGUUGCGGUGAUGAGCAUCAUCGGAUAUAUCAUUGGGCUUGGCGAUCGGCAUCUUGAUAAUGUGUUGGUGGACUUAAACACUGGUGAGGUGGUGCACAUUGAUUAUAAUGUGUGUUUCGAGAAAGGGAAGACUUUGCGUGUGCCAGAAAAAGUGCCAUUUAGACUGACGCCGAAUAUACGGGAUGCUUUGGGAAUUACAGGUGUUGAGGGAAUGUUCCGGCUGGCUUGCGAAAACAUCCUGAAGACGAUGAAGAAAGGUCGCGAGACACUUCUCACGCUGCUGGAGGCGUUUGUCUAUGACCCACUUGUUGACUGGACUGUCGGAAAUGAUGGAUUGGUAGGCACUACUUUUGGGGGCAUGUCGACUUGUGCAUCACAUCGCCAAACUCGAAAGGAUCUGGAAAAGGAAGUAACACUCGCGAUGUACCGUGUGCGGUGCAGCGAAGUGAAAAACGAAUGGGAUUUUAACAAAUGUGACAUAACAAAAUUAAUUCCUGAAUUGUACACCUUGGUGGACACAUGGUUCGAACUUCAACAACAAUCGACAUCUACCGAUGAUAUGCUACAAGAUUUGCAUCAACAGAUGGCUCUUGUGAAGGAAGCGGAAGCCAAUGGCCCCUUGAAACAUAAUCUCCAAACGUUGCCAAUUAGGUUCGAAAACUUUAAGAAAACGCGCGAUACUUUCACUCAAGCUCGCUCUGACUUGGACAAACUUCAGCAAGAGUGCGGUGCUCAUAUCCAACAAUAUGAAGAAUCGAUUAAAACGCUGCAAUCGCAACAGGUCCAACAAUGGUAUAUGGAAUUGAAUAAUUCUGGCGGAAGCAAAGUGAAAAUCUAUGAAAUUGUGAAAGAUUUCCUACAAAACGCAGGGCAAACAAAUAUGAUUGCUCAAUGCGACCAGCUCGAAGCGGAAGUGUUGAGUAAUUAUGAACAACAACAAAUGUUGACGCUGAAGUGCCUCAACUUGCUACAAGAGUAUUGGGUGGUUUUCGCUCAGUGUCCGCCAUCUUUUAUUGAGGAACAUCGCAUAUACUACUAUCUUAAGUGGGCAAAAAUGCUGCUUACAUCUGAUAAUGUCACAACAUGCGAAAUGAUCUACCAACAGGUUUUCGCGUUCCUGAAUCUUGCAACUAAACCAAUCAAUGCGAUUAUUGCAUAUAAUUAUAAACUGAAUCUGGUUUAUAAUAAUACCGCUACGAAGGUAGCGAAAGCCUACGAGGAUGUCCGCACUGAAGAACCGCGUGUGUUGGAGAAAUUGUACUCUGAAGCGAAAUUGUGCUUGAUUAAUUUCGUCAAGCGUGAGAAACAAGCCCCGAAAGCAUUGGAGUUUGUCAUUGUUAGUGAACUAUUGGUAUUGAACCGAACUUUCCUUACCCUGGAGACAGCCGCAUCGAAAACCGGUGAUUGGUUGAUCAAACUGACAUCCCGUGAUGGUGAUUGGUUCCUGGACGAAUUAACAGUCAGCUGCAGUAAGGCUAUUGAGUUGAUUAGUUAUUUGCAGUUGGAUAAUAGCAUUGAGGAUACCAAUUUUCUGCAAGUUGAGAAUGGUUUGAAAGCGGCAAAUAAUUUGUAUAGAAGUUUGCACGAGUUGAAUUUUAAUUUCCAUACGAUUAUUCUACCAGAAAGCAUCAAGAAAAUGCAGUGUGAAGAGGCAAGUGUUAUGGGGAUGGUACAUGAAUUAAACGCUAUAGUUAUGAGUGUGGGACCGAUCCAGGAUUUGGUUCUCCAGUUGGAAAAGAAUCUAACUUGCGUUGUAAUGGAAAUGGACUACGGUUGCAAUGAGGCAUUUGAUCAGAAGAUGAUGACAUUGAAAGGUCAAUAUCAAGGACUAUUGCAAUCAUCGAUUAGUAUGUUAACACCCGGAAAAAUGUUGCUGAUGGGAUUUAAUGGGCUUUUUGAUAAAUUGCAUUUGGAGUGCAAUAAUGUUGUGAGUUUGCUGGGAAAUUUGAAAGUUUCACCAAGUUGGAGAAAAUUAGAUCAGGUGCGUGAAGCAAAAAGUUUAGCUGCGCCGAUCUUCAAUCCUCAAGUUCAUGCAAUUUUGAAUGAUAUCUUACUGAAACGUUUGCAAACGAUGUGUGAGUUCUUUGCAUUGUCAAUGGAAGUUUGUCAGUCGUUCAAAGGCAUUGGCGAUAAUGUUACUAUGUUGGACGAUGAAGCGUUACUCAAACCGAUUCGGAAGUUUAUCGCUGAUUUUAUCAGUCGACAAUUUCUGGGCAUUACUACCGAAGCCAUUGCAUAUGCACAAUGUUAUUUGUUGCAGAGACUAGGCCUGGAUGUAACCAACGAAAUUGAACAGAAGGAUAUCGGUGCCGAAAAUAAAGUCCCCUUGGACGAGUUAUACCAUAAGGGAUGGAAUAUUUUCCUUAAAAACGGCACGUUCAGCCAGAAUGUACUUGCUCAAGCGAGUAGUGUGGAGUCUAAUCUCAAAAAUGCUUGGGAAAAGAUUCAGGAACCGAAAAAAUUGGAAAAAACACUUACUUUACUACAGAGUUCUUUGACCAGACUGCAAAAUCAGUUGACUGUGCACAAUUGGUUACAUGAAGAAGUCCUACAACAAUCGGACAAGUGCAGUUACAUGCGCAGUAAGUUUAUUGUUGAGAUGGGCAAUAAAACGGCUGCGUUGAGUCGCCUCCAAGCGAAAGCAAGUGAAGUACGUGAAAAGCAAAAGACCUUGAUUGCUAGUAUUUCGCAGAGAUUGAAGUGGGCCGCAGGCGCUAAUCCAGACUUGAAUGAAACACUGGCCCAGUUUGAAGUGGCUGUAACUGUUAGAGAAGACCGACUUACUUUGGAACAGCAUAUUUGCGGGGCGACAUUGUCAACUUGUAGUAACAUCUUAAGAUAUGAGCUCUUGAGAUGCUCCACACCUGAGUCUAAAUCUUGCGAUCAGAUUUUCCUAAGAGGGUAUGAACAGUGGGUGUCAGCUUGCAGACUUACGAAAGUCAAAGUUGACGCUGUGACUCCGGUUGAGGAAAAUAUUAUGAAGUUUUACACUGCUGAAAUGGAAGGUGAUCCAAAGUGGACGCUCUUGGUGUCUGAUAAAAUCUCCGACACGAUUACAUCUACACAAGCGACAUCCGCCGAAUUGAAAGUGAAUGUGUUUACAGCAGCGACCAAUAUUAAUGCUAAACUCGAGGAGUUGAAAGUGUUGUAUGGCCGACACAGCAACGUGAUGAAUGAUUUUAAGAGUUUGAUUAAGGCGAUGCUGAAAAUUGAGGAGUGCGCCGUCAAAACACAGAAGUUUGUUUACGAGUAUCGCCAGUACGUGGAAAAUUUUUCGAGCUUGUUUUAUAACAUGAAGAAAGAGCUGAGUGCGGAAGAAAUGGGCGCGAUGAGACGAAAGUUGGAAGCGUUGGAAGCCAAUACAGAGGCGGUGCAUCGAGAUUUGUUGCAGUUGGAGGGUAGAGAUGGAAUAAUUGGGCGAAAACAGUUGGUACGGCAGGAGGGUGUGUCGCUCAGUCCACUUCGAGCUAUGCCCGGCAAGCAGGAGAGUAUGACCAAGGGACAGCAGAGGAAUGCAUAUGCAGUGGGCGUAUGGCGUCGGGUAAGGAUGAAAUUGGAGGGUAAAGAUCCGGAUCCAGGGAGGAAGUAUUCCACUCAGGAACAGGUGGAUUAUGUAAUAAGAGAAGCGACGAGUAUUGACAACCUGGCCCUGCUGUACGAAGGCUGGACGCCGUGGGUGUGAACGAGGGGCGCGAUCAGGUGUACGGCAGCCUUCCGGCUGUCCGGGAUCCACUCUCUCUGUUUAACCCACUAGGAAUCGCAGCGUCGCAACGUGUCCCAUGUGUUGCGUGCGCCAUUCAAAAAGGGCCGUCAGCAAACACCACCAGCCAGCUAGCCAGUCAACCAGCAAGCAGCAUAGCAUCAUCUCGUUACUAUUGGAGUGCUUAGUAAUAUUGGCAGUUGGCAUUUGGGGGCGUGCCUCAGGCGACGCCAUGCUGAGCAAACAAAUUCAUAAUUUUAACAAGUACUUUGUUCGACGGUAAAAACACAAAGCAAAAUCAGAAUAUUAAACGAAGGCAAGAGUUGCGGCGCUGGCCCCCCUGUUUCGGGUUACAUUCGUCGAGCGCCCAAAUUCACUGCGUGGAUAUUCUUGUCUGUUAUUGAAAUAAAAUAAAAAAUGAAACAAAAAAGCGUAAGAUCCACGCGCGGUACUUUAAUGUACCAGCGUACAAUUUGGCCGAAAUAAUAGCGUGGUGGCCAGACAUAUAUUAUCUAAUGAAACUACUACUAUCUCUUAUAUUUUCUUUUAGUUAAUGGUAAACUUUGGCUUUGGUUAUAAUAUGAAAUAAUCCUAUUUACUGUAGUCGUUUAUAUUUAUAUGUAUGACAUGGGUGAAUGUGUUAAUGUCAUCGCUAUAACGGCGUGAAUCUUUUUUUCUUCGUACGCCUUUUAUAAUAUAAUUAAUUUUCUCUUUUUGGUAAUUAAUGGAAUAUCUUAUUUUAUCGGCAAUUAACAAAAUAUCGCUUGUAAUGAAACAAAAUCAUACAGCUUACAACUUAACUAGUGUAGAAACAACAUCGUUUCCAACCGUUUUCAAAUUCGAGUAUGUGGUUUUUUUUAUUUCGAUCUGUUUUAUUACUUGCUGCAAAUAAAUAUAGUGAUUGUCUAUGGAAAAAUGAAA